AUGCAGGACUGCUUCUGUUCCGGCGCCGCAGACCCUGCUUCCUCUCGUAUCAGAUCGCCGGACCAUUCGCUCUCUUCGUCCAUGUCAACAUCAAAUAAGCCUGCUCAAGACGCCAAACUACAUGCUCCAGCUCCAAGACCCCCUUCUCCUUCCACGUCUACUCUCACAGCCUUCACAGCCAAAACGAGCGGCUCCGGGAGCUCCAGCGGCAGCGCCUCUACUGUCACCCAAAUACCGGCCAGCAAUCGCCGCAACAGUGACAGAGAUCGCGAUACGUACAAGCAGAAGAUCCGUCCUCGCGACAAGCAAGCCAGCCAUCCCCCCGAAAUCCAUCAGCGGCCCGAUGUCAUGAGCUUCCUCCACCCUGGCUCACCUCUUGGUACAAGGCAGCCAGUCCAACCAACGCAUGGAGAUAUGCCAUCGUGGCAGUUGGCGGAUUUCCCAAGUCGUGCUUCACCGACAAGGAGCACCACUUCAUCUGGUGCGCCGAGCAUCCAUAGCGACGUGUUUUCCGAGCCAGGCCGCGGCCAUGAGACCGACGGGACUCACAGCAGCCCGGACCGAAGCGUCAACGAGGAUUGGCCCAAGCCUAUGAUGGUGCCAGCGGGCGGGACUUCAGCAGCCUCAAGUUAUCAUCAACGUCAUCAGCAACCGUCCAUGUGGGAUGCUGGCCCGAUGAUGCCCCCGGCACAUUCUAAUCAGAUCCACGAUGGCCCUCCUAACGGCAUGCAGUCACAACCACAGUAUCUACCCUCUUCAUUCGAUUUCAUGCAGCACGGGCGACCUGAGCACAUGCCUAUGAGUGGUUACGAGCUAUUAGCCACGAACUUGUCGUCAAAUAGUAUGGGUGGGCCUUUGAUCAAGCCCAUGUAUCGACGGUUCGAGUUUUUGAACCAUAGGCUCUUGCUGCACUUGCAGGAUGAGCUUGCUGAGCUCGAGGAGCAACUACGUCAUUUGGAUGCUGCCGAUACACAAUCUCGUCAAUAUCAUCAGGGCGUGCUCCCCGCAUCAAGGCGCCAGGAAUCUACCUCGUCAAAAGAUCUUCACUGGUGGAAGAUGGACCUCCUCGGCAAGAUUGGGUUCAAGCUCGAACUUUAUAGUAGGUCCUGA